ACAUGUAUCAAAAGCAAUUUUCUUCCAUAACGCAGGCUCAGGAUAGAGUAUUGUUUGUUAGUUCUGGACUUCCAAUCGCGUUCAUUAUUUACAACCACAGAACCACUGCGUUGAUGGUACAAAUCUAGUAGGAACUAUCCUUUUGCUAAGGUACUGGGAUGGCUGAAUAUGUGGCGAAACCAGGGAAGCUAUGGCUAAAGGGUGAAAAAAAGCCGAAAAAGAAGAAGUCUCACAAGCGCAAGCACGAAAGCGACGACGAAGCAGCCGCCGCCGACAAUGCCAUCGAAGGCGAGGUUCUGCACGAGACGUGGCGGCGUGUGCGUGACCUGGUCGACGUCAAGGGCCCGGUGUGCCUUGUCAGUCGCACGGGUGCCUAUAUAGCAGCUCAGGACGAUGGGUGCUUUGUGGAAGGCGUGCCAGGUGAAUCAGAGAAGCGACCGCCGAAUGAGGCCGAGGAGUACCUGGGUUACACGGUUGGUGAUGAAAAGGUGGCGCUCAAAUCCGGAUAUGGGAAGUACAUGUGCACGUCGUCUUCCGGUGACGUUGUGGGUAGAUCCGAUGCUAUUGGGACGCGUGAAAUGUGGGACCCGAUCUUCCAAGAUGGUCUCAUUGCAUUCGAAGGCUCCAAUCGACGCUUCAUGACCGUGGAGGAGAGUGGCAAGCUGAUGUCCACGGCCGAGAAAGUGUCGGACGACGCUAAGUUCACCCUGCGCACCAGCAAGAGUAAGUUCAAGAAGGCAAAGACGGAAGUCGAGAAGGAGUACGGCAAGAAGCUGUCAAACCUGGAGAUGGAAUAUGUGAAUCGUUACCAAAGCUUCCAAGAUCACCACGUCAUCGUCACGCAGAAGAGUCGUGAUGAACUGCGCGGUGCACGAGAAAAGGGAAAGCUGCACGAGAGCCUUCUGGAUCGGCGAGCGAAAAUGAAGUCGGAUCGUUAUUGUAAAUAGUAGGGUGGCCGUGCACGUUAUCAUCUACCAAGCCGAACAGAACCGGUGAAGCGCGUGAGAUUUAACGUGCAUCGCGUUUGUUUUUAGUCAUGCUGGUCCUUUUUUUAGUUUAGAGUUGGACUUACAACCACUGCCAUGUACACAUUUGCUUGCUGCAGAGUAGUUUCCUGUGCGUCCUGCCUCCUGUAAAUACCUUUCUGUCCUAUUCUGGUUUCUUGCGCGUUUGCCUUGUUUGCAUUUGCUAUGCCAUGUCUCCCUGUUUGCAAUUCGGAUGUGUAGCAUCAGAGUUAAACUUGUACAUACUGUCACACUAAUAUUGAUGCAGGCAUCAGGGGCAGAAUAUUUGUAUCAUUUGACGGAACUAGAGUUAUAUAUAUUAUUAUUAUAUACAUGUACAUAAUAAUAAUAAUUAGUGACUCAAUGUAAAUUCUAAUUUUGAUGGUACAAGUACAUGACAUGUACACGUAUUCCAA